AUGGGAACACCAGAGACAUCUCGAGAGCCUUGCCCUGACCGUAUCCUCGAUGAUAUCGGUGGUGCGUUUGGUAUGGGAGCAGUAGGAGGAGGUGCUUUCCAUUUCAUUAAAGGAACAUACAACUCUCCAAAAGGGAGUCGUUUUAUCGGAGGAACACAAGCGGUGAGCAUGAAUGCUCCUCGGGUGGGAGGCAGUUUUGCGGUAUGGGGAGGUUUAUUCUCGACGUUUGAUUGCACCAUGGUGUACAUGAGGCAGAAGGAGGAUCCAUGGAACUCCAUCAUUGCAGGUGCUGCAACUGGAGGGUUUCUGUCGAUGCGACAGGGGCUUGGCGCAGCUUCAAGAUCAGCAGCUUUUGGAGGGAUUUUGCUUGCUUUGAUCGAAGGAGCCGGAAUAAUGUUGAACAAGAUUCUGGCUCAGCCUCAAAAUAUGCAGAUGGAGGAGCCAAUGCCCGGAAUGCCUGGGAUGCCUGGAAUGUACGGGGUUCCUGGAAUGCAGCAGAUGGGACAGAUGCCGGGACAUAUGCCGGGACAGAUGCCGGGACAGAUGCCGAAUCAAGCACAGAUGAUGCCGGAGAGUGUAAACCAGAAUACUCCUGCAUCAUCAGCAGCAUCAUGGUUGGGAGGGCUUUUUGGUAAGAAGAACGAUGAGGUGCAAACGAACAGCGGAAGUAAAACAGAGGUCUUGGAGAGUUUCGAUGCGCCUCCGGUCCCAUCAUUUGAUUACAAGUAA